UGAGUGGGAGGAGCCGCAGGGUGCAGCAGGAUUUAGGGCACCAAUGGUAGCCUUGCCAGCGAUUUCUGUGGAGUCUUGGGCAAGUUCGCGGGACGCUGGGUCAACGCCACCUCCAGCACAAACGCCUAUCCCCUCUGCGAUGCAGCUUAUGACUUUCCCUGAUGGAUGAUCUCUGUGAAGCAAAUGGCACUUUUGCCAUCAACUUAUUAAAAAUGUUGGGUGAAAAGGACAACUCCCGAAAUGUGUUCUUCUCUCCCCUGAGCAUCUCUUCUGCCCUGGCCAUGGUCUUCAUGGGGGCCAAAGGAAACACAGCAGCCCAGAUGUCUCAGGCACUUUGUUUGAACAAAGGGGGAGAUGUCCACCAGGGUUUCCAGUCACUUCUCACAGAAGUUAACAAAGCCGGCGCUCAGUGCGUGCUGAGAAUGGCCAACAGACUCUUUGGAGAGAAGACGUGUGAUUUCCUUCCAGCCUUUAAGGAAUCCUGCCAGAAAUUCUAUCAGGCAGAGCUGGAGGAGCUGUCCUUUGCUGAAGACACCGAAGAAUGCAGGAAGCACAUAAAUGACUGGGUGACAAAAAAGACGGAAGGUAAGAUUUCAGAGAUACUGGGUGCUGGGACAGUCGGUCCCCUGACUAAGCUGGUCCUCGUGAAUGGUGUAUAUUUCAAAGGAAGGUGGAAUGAGCAAUUUGACAGAAAGCACACCAGGGGAAUGCGCUUUAAAGUCAACCAGGAGAAAAAGACAGUGCAGAUGAUGUUUAAGCAAGCUAAAUUUAAAAUGGGGUAUGUAGACGAAGUGCACACCCAGGUGCUGGAGCUGCCCUACGAAGGGGAGGAGCUGAGCAUGGUCAUUCUGCUGCCUGAUGAUGACACCGAGCUCCCUGUGGUGGAAAAAGCACUUACAUAUGAGAAGUUCAGAGCCUGGACAAAUCCAGAAAAGAUGGCUAAGGAUAAAGUUCAAGUUUUCCUUCCUCGAUUAAAGUUGGAGGAGAGUUAUGACUUAGAGUCUUUUCUUCGAAGUUUAGGAAUGACUGAUGCUUUUGAGGAAGCCAAAGCAGACUUUUCUGGAAUGUCAACCAAGAAGAACAUGCCUGUGUCUAAGGUCACGCACAAGUGCUUUGUAGAGGUCAAUGAGGAGGGCACAGAGGCAGCCGCGGCCACUGCUGUGAUCAGGAACAGCCGGUGCAGCAGAAGUGAACCAACAUUUUGUGCAGACCACCCUUUCCUUUUCUUCAUCAGGCAUCUCAAAACCAAUAGCAUUUUGUUCUGUGGCAGGUUCUCUUCUCCAUAAAGAGGUGCAACUGCUGUACAUAGGCUCCCUUUCCUUCUGCCCACCUGGCCUUAAUUCAAAUUCCGUGUGAGUAAAUUGGGCAAUAGUUUGAGCGCCAAAAUAAAGUGUGUGCACCUGG